AAUGACGACAUAGCGAUUCGGACUGAUACAUCCGGUGACCGAUCUGUCUCCAUGUCUAUCUCAGUCUAUCUGUGGUAGCAUAGCAUUGGGAUUGCAACUGUCAUGCGCAUUUGGGUUGUCGUUGAGUUUGUUAUGACAGAUUGAGGCCUCGGACUAAAUUAGGAAAGGAACCCUGUGUCUGUCCAGGGAAAUCCGCGAUGGAGGGCAUGGAUUUGGACCUAGACCCGGAGCUUAUGCAGAAAUUCAGCUGCAUGGGCACUACCGAUAAAGACAUCCUCAUAGCCGAGUUUCAGAGACUGCUUGGGUUUCAACUGAACCCCGCUGGAUGCGCCUUUUUUCUGGACAUGACCAAUUGGAACUUACAAGCAGCCAUCGGGGCCUACUAUGACUUUGAAAGCCCCAACAUUAAUGCUCCAUGCAUGUCCUUUGUUGGGGAUGUGACGAUCGGAGAGGGGGAAUCUGUACCCCCUGACACGCCUUUCACAAAGACUUGGAGGAUACAGAACACAGGUGCUGAGUCGUGGCCCCCUGGGGUAUGUCUGAAGUAUGUUGGGGGGGACCAGUUUGGUCAUGUGAACAUGGUGUUGGUGCGCUCAUUAGAACCCCAGGAGAUGGCUGACGUCAGUGUGCAGAUGCGCAGCCCUGUGGCCCCUGGCAUGUACCAGGGUCAGUGGAGGAUGUGCACCGCCACCGGACUCUUCUUUGGGGAUGUGAUCUGGGUGAUCCUUAGUGUGGAGGUGGGAGGCCUCCUGGGCGUGACGCAGCAGCUUUCCUCCUUCCAAGCAGAGUUCAACACCCAGCCAGCCCGGAACGUUGAGGGAGACUACAACCCCUUCGCCUCGCCACGGAAACACGCCGGCAGCAGUGACGAUAAUCACCACGAUGACAGCAGCCUAAAGGACCCCGCUGACACCUGGGAGGGUGGAACCGACCAAAUGCAGCAGGAACAAAAUGGACUGUCACACAAUUCUGUGACUAUAGCAACAAACGGUCUCCAAAGCAACCUAUCAGUAGUGACUUACAGCCAGGGUAUUCACGGACCCUAUCCUUUUGGGCAGUCUUAAAGCAUGGGAAACAUCACAGCCAGGCAGCACGGGAGUCCUGGAUUCACAUCAACUGAUGAGGGAGGAGGCUUUACUUUUGGCUGGUGGAGUAUCCUGUGAUUCAUACAAACACUUAUGCAAAGUCCCUCUCCACUUUACCGCAACACAAACAGAAACCAGAAGACAAAGCUGCUCUGUUCUUUCCCAACAUACGACUCAACCAACAACAUCCCACGUCCAGUGUAUGCAUGUGUGAAUGCUAAGUUAAAAAUGAGUGCUACACAUCUUUUUAAAAUAAAUUAGAUACUAGUUUUUUUCGGAUCUUUACUUUUUUUUUUGUUGUAUCCGAAUGCAGUCGAGACUACAGUGAUUAAAUGUGUGUGUGUGUGUUUGUGUGUGUGUGUGUGUGGGGCGGGGGGGGGGUGCGCGCGCGCGCACGCACCUACGUUUGCAUUGGAGUCUGUUUGCGUGCGGGUGUUUGCGUGUCUGCGUGUGUUGUGCAACUUGAAAGAGACUAGGGAGGAAAAGCCAUUUAUUUUGCAUACAGAUCCCCUAGUUCCUAAACUGACUUUAAAAAAAGAAAUCGCUUUCUACUCGCGUAUCCUAACUUCACAGUAUCCUAACAUCAUACUUUUGUAGAGACAGGAUUUAUUCAGCAAAUUCAGCAGCUUGAAAUGCAUGUAUUGUUGUUUUUAUCUGGUAAAAUCAAAGGAAAAACAGCUUAUUACCAUGCAAAUUCUGUUCACGCUUUGCUGUGGGUUCACUUUUGAUUAUGUUUGGUUGGUGCUGUUCCUCUCAAGUUACAGCAUAUUCAUCCACUAGAGGGAGGUCUUCAUCAAUAUUGCAGUUCCUAACUCCUGUCAACAAAAAUAAACCUCAACUAUAAUUUCCUGAAAGGACCCUCCUACUUUGGGUCAAUACCUGGAACGUUGGUUAAAUCUCCAUCCUAUGGGUUUAAUUUGGUUCGAUUAGAUUUCAUCAGGCUUUGUUCUGUGAGAUUGCAUAAGUCUAUUUUGUCAAAGCAGUGACAUUUUGUUUUUGCUUUUAUCAUAUUAAUUUGAAUGUUCUCGCUGAAUGUAGAUCUGAUGUUUUUGAAGCAUAUUUGUUUAUCCUGCUCAAAGAUCUUACACAUUUGCAUGGAAAAUGACAAUGUUUGAUUGUGUUUUCUCAUUGGAUUUUCUAAACAUUUUGUUAAUGAUCAUUUAUUCCAAAGACACGUAAAUUGUGUCUGUAGUGUGAGGUAAAUUCUGAAAUCGCAAUCAGUGUCAUCUUGCGUGAACAUGAAUAUUUUAAAAUAUAAGUUUGAAAUAUUUAUUAGUACAUGCAGUCAAUUCAUUAGUCCCUCAAGAGUCUUUAUAAAGAAUGUGUUAAGUUACUUGCACUAACCGGCUAAUCUCUAUGCAUUGAUAGUUUGGCCUCUAACCCAAACAUGACAUAAUUUAGUAUCGCUCCUUAUGACGGCCAGUUGUCUUCACGCUUUUGGAAUUUUAGAAGGCGACAUGCGGGUCCUCAUGGUAUGUCAUCUUUCCAUCUGUUUUGUACAUUACUUUAUAUUGGCCAUAAACAGCUUUUGCCCCGAGGAUGCCUGGGUGUAUUUAGACAAUGUUACAUCCACAUCAUUCUCCAGAACCACACCCCUGGCAUGGCUUAUCUGUCUCUGUUAUGGUUGGUGUUUAAGGAUUCUGGUAAUAUCUUGAGCUUUGAUCAAUUGCUUGUGCUCUUGAAAUUGAAAUAUUUCCCUCAUUGUAAAAGUAAAACAAAAACCAGUUGAUCUCCUUGUGUGCUUCCCAAAUCACCCAUAUUCACUGUAUAGUGCUCUAAUUCAGCUGUCAAAUGGCAUGCACUAUGUAGAGAACAAGGGGCCAUUUGGAACACAUCCUCACCUUUUUUUUGUUUACAGUUGAAUGUCCUUUAUGUAUUGAGUGAUACGUUUGCUUAUUUUAUGGUCAAUUUAUAUAUAUUUUCUUUCUUUCUGUGAAGCUUUCAGGGGUGUUGAAUGGAUGACUUUCGAGCUAGAGUUUUAAAGCAGCACAUGAGACCGUAAAGAGUCAGAGCAAAGUUAUUAAAGCCUUUUUCCUGUAUGUUUGAAUGAAUGUUUGUAUGAUUAAAUUAUCACUGAAAACCAAAA